UGUCCACACUGCGUUCAAGUUACACCUCCCGUGUCGCCGCCCGCCUUUCCUUGACACCGUCUUCCUUCGGGCCCCCAGCAGUCAUCUUUCACUUUGAGAGGCAUCUGUCAUUUCAGGCAAGAUGAUGUCCUUGUCAAGGACAGUGGCUCCUCGAGCCCUACGAGCUUCCACCGCUGUCCCGUUCUCAUUGAUACGUGCUGCGCCGGCAGCGUCCAUCUCAUCAUCCGCGACGAAAUCCGCCACCUCAGUCACCCCAGCUACGACGUCAAACGAUGCCUCGCGGUUACCUGUGACGGGCGGGAUCCGUCGCGAAGUGCCUCUGCCAUCUCAAGAGAAGAAACAAGGCGCGAUGCAAUAUGCGCUCACCACUCUCGAUCAGAUUGCCAACUGGGCGCGGCAAGGCUCGUUGUGGCCGCUGACGUUCGGUUUGGCCUGCUGCGCCGUCGAAAUGAUGCAUCUUUCCACACCCCGCUACGACCAGGACAGACUGGGAAUUAUCUUUCGUGCCUCUCCCCGACAGAGCGAUGUGAUGAUUGUGGCUGGAACCCUCACGAACAAAAUGGCGCCGGCUUUGAGACAAGUUUACGAUCAGAUGCCAGAUCCCAGAUGGGUCAUCAGCAUGGGCAGCUGUGCCAACGGCGGUGGCUACUACCACUACAGUUACAGUGUCGUCCGGGGCUGCGACCGGAUUGUCCCUGUCGACAUCUACGUGCCUGGAUGUCCGCCAACCAGCGAGGCGCUGAUGUAUGGCAUUUUCCAGCUACAGAAGAAGAUGCGACAUACCCGCAUCACGAGACUGUGGUACAGGAAGUAAACUGGGCAAAAUCGAAAUUCGUUUGAUGUUUUCCAAUACAGCAUUCGCUGGUCGUGGUGGCGUUUUGACGUGGGCUGCUGUAUCAGCCCUGAACUUGAACCUGUGCUUAGUAUCUUCAUGAGACAUGUACAGAAUGACAAUGGGCAUUCGCCUUGAUUCUUUUGUCUGCAAUGCCAACCCCCGCAUCCGGUACGCAUAACACAUGGUGUCUGGGUUGUUGCUUGGUUUGUGUGUUGGCCACGCUCGGGCUCAGCCGCUCGUUAAUUCGAUCAGGCUCGAUUGCCCAACUCCGAGGGAAUCAUAUAUCUCUGCCAUCCUUAGUGUGCAACCCUACUCGUGUUGCGCCUCCGCUGUCUUUUUCUGCUGGGCCGUGCCAUGCUGUUGAAGUUGUGAGCGCUAUAUGCUUCCUAUGGCCCGUUGCUAUGGUCGGCAAGCGAAUGGAGAUGAAAGCUCUUUUUAAUUACGAGAAAGGAACAACGCGAUACUAGCAGACGGGCAUAUAUCUCCUGCCAGGCUACUGUGCUGGACGUAUUAUUUACUGUAGAGCCACGGUAAUAUUCAGACGGUGAAGUUGUA